CCCGCGACUGCAUCCAUCUACCACCACCACCCGUGUCCACUGAAUCUCAUCUUCAACCAUCCACCUCACUAAUCAAACGCAAUGCUGAUUUGUAUCGACUCACUCGAAAACGAUGAUCCAUCGGCGGUCUCCGAGAUAGAACUGAUCGACUUAUCAUCAAGCAGACCGAACCGCCCCUCCUGCUUCCCCUCGAACUCACUCAACCAUCAUCCCCAUCAAAAAAAACAUCACCACUCCCAACAACAAGAUCCUGAUCACGAACAACAACAAAGAAGAGGGAGUCGAAGAACGAUGGAGAAGAUCGAUAAAGGGAAAAAGCCGAUGGUCAUCGACAUCAUCGAGAUCGAUAGCGACUCGGACCCGCAGCCCGAUUCCUCCGACCUCCUCCUUCCCAAGACUCGCCCUAAAACUCCUUCUUCAACUCCCAAGAAUAACAACAAUCCUCCUCCUCGUGAUCAAUUCCCUCUCCAACGGAUCCCCUCGGCCGCUCGGCAUGUCAACAAUAACCCUCAUCAUCUGCAAGAACUCGCCCGCCAAUUUUUCGCCUCUACCCAUCAGGAACUAGGCCCUCCCCGGUGGAACCCUCACAUCCGGGCCAUCCCCAUGAAUCGGCAGGAAGAACAGAGCCUUUUCGACUUCGUGGAUGGCUAUCCCAGAGGCGACAUUCGAUUGUCUUCGAUCCUCUACCGCAAGUAUCAUCGCCAAGCUCCCGAGUUCUCGGCGGAAAACUACCGGAUCUAUUAUCGAGCCCAUCAGAGUAAACUAGAAGCCAAACACCAAGAACGACCACCGACGAGCUAUUCGUCGCCGAAUCGGACGCCCAACGAGUCCGAGAACCAAGCACAACACACCACGACAGACGAAGAAGAAGAAGAGGAGGGGGUGCAGACGACUGAUCACACGACUCCAGAGAGCGUCGGCUCGACGGAGGAGGAGGAGGAGGACCCACUCGCCGAGAUCGGGAUCGACCAGCUGCUCGCCUCGGCCGGGCCCGAUCGGACCAGAAUCGCAAAGACCUUCAACAUCCCCCUCCACCAAUCCGAGCUCUUCCUCGCCCUCCAACACGACCCGUUUCCCGCCUGGCCCGCUACUCAUCCCCCCGCCGCUUUCGGACCUCUGCUCUAG